UCGGUGCGACACAUACAUACCUUUUCCGUUAGCCAAACAUGCUAUUGACACUUUAGUUUCAAUACUACUUAAGGUUAUGGUUCCUAUGUGCAAACGCCGAUCUGUAGUUCACCUGAUCUGGAACGCAACCAGCGGUUCUCCUGCUGCGCUCCGUCACUGCUUCAUGUAUGUGAGAACUAACUGGUGAUACUGGUAAACAUUAUCAUAUACAACAUGACCUGCACAGGAGAAGAAGCCGGCCCGUUCCCCGUGGACGACGGCCUGUUCGCCGACACAUUUUCCGAGGACAGCGUUUACAAAUUCAUCGGUGAAGAGCUGAGGAUCAGCCAGCUGUUCAGCGCCAACCUCGGCGUGGCUGCGCCGGUGUGGGACGCGGCUCUACAUCUGUGUCGGUACUUCGAGGAGCAGUCGCUGGACCUGAGAGGAAAGCGCAUCAUAGAGCUCGGCGCCGGGACGGGGCUUGUUGGGAUUUUGGCAGCGCGUUUAGGAGCAGACGUGACCCUUACAGACCUUCCUCUGGCCGUCCCACAGCUGGAGACCAACGUCUCUGCCAACAGGCCCUCUCGGGGCUGGCCCGCCACCCCUCCGGCUGUCCUGCCUCUGUCUUGGGGGCAGGACCAGCUCAGCUUCCCCUCUGACUGGGACUUGGUGUUGGGUGCAGAUAUCGUCUACCUCUCUGAGACAUACCCGCUUCUACUGGAGACACUCGUGCAUUUGUGCAAGAACGGUGCUGUGGUCUAUCUUUCAUCCAUGAUGCGGAAGGAGCACGGAACUCCUGGUUUCUUUGAGGAGAGUCUGCCGAGUCGAUUUCACGUGGAGCUCGUGCACCGCGACGCCAAGCAGAACAUUAACAUCUACAGGGCCUCUCUGAGGACAGCCCAGUGACAGCUUUCCAGGCCCAGGACUUGGAUUUUUAAUCGUCAGUGAUUACCAGUUGUGCCUCCGGUUUCUUCCGUGCCUUGUUUUCAUAAGAGAAUUUAAUAAAAUGUGGUUAAUGAAUAGUGCACACUAUACAGAUGUCAGAGGCAACAGCUCAUUUGUUUUGUUUUGUUUUUCCCCCCGUAUAUUUGUAUUUAUCCUAUAUGUUGACCAUUUUCCAUCACUUGACAGAUCCCAAGUGUCCUCUGUCACUUGUGAACAAUUUCAUUUUUUUGGUAAUAACUUUUCUAUGUGAUUGCGAAUAGCAUACUUUUUUAUUUCAUCUUUUGUCUUUCAUGAUCAGUUACGUAUUCUGACAAUUUGCUAAGUAUCUUUGAAUUGUGUCUGUAUUUUGGGUGACACACUGACUCUUUGUAGAUUUUACCUGAAUAACUUGACCUCUCAUGGAAUUUCUUCCCUUUUCUGGUUUAUAAAUACUUUACAGUUUAAAAAAAAAAAGGUAAAAUCACAGGAAAUAAAGAAUCUUAUGGAAAAAAUAAAGUAGAUCAAUUAAAACAAGUAGAAUAUAUAAGUGGAUAAUCCAAUCCCUACCAACUCCCCUUCAAAAAAAAAAAAAAAAAAAAACCAAUGUGGCCCAGUGUUAUCCAUGUAUUAUCAUUCACUAACACUAACACACUAAGUCAAAAAAGACUCCUCAAUUCAAAUUUUAUCAGGCUACCAUUAGGAAAUUUUAUUUUAAUAGCAAUAAAAGUGAUUAUUUGAGUCAGGUUGGGCACAUUUCCUACGCCUUUAUUUGUCAUUUAACAGAUUUUACUUAAGCACAGAGUUACUUUGACAAUAAAAUAAAUUAAUUGCUCCUGAGAGAUUGUUAUUUUGACAGGGCUCUAACAA